AUGAUUCGAGGACUUAACUCGCCGGGUGGCAUCGGAUUGCCAUCCAAUCCGAGGCCGCAACAACAAUUCUACGACGAUGAGCCGUAUCAGGCGAACGCGUCGCAAUUCCGAUUCAACAAGAAUGUAAGGAGGGCUCCAGCUGAAACCCUCCCACAGAGACCGAAAUGGUUUCUCUCCCUUUUCUCUCUCUCUCUUUUUGCAACCGAGGGGGCAACAUUUCUAUGUUGCGAUGGCAUUCAAUAGUUUCAAAAUGAACAAAAUAACCAAUUCGUGAUAAGGCCGCAAGAAUCGAUUGAUUGGCCUGUCAUGCGCCAGUCCCCACUCAAAAAUGUUGAUUGUUUUCUAUUGUUUGUAGUCUAAUCUACUUGGAUCUCUUGAACUGCCACGUUUCCACUACCUGAGAACUUUUCCUACACUAGUCUUGAUCGGCGGUCUGAAUUAAUUCACAGCUUGCAGUCAAAUCAUUAUUUUCUGCUUGAUAAUUGUUUCAUAGAAAAAGAGCUAAUAAUGUCGCCAAAUCGCAUUAGAUUCGAGAUUACUGUAGUCGCUCCUAAUCUUAUUGAUAUUUUGAGCUUCACCUCAUGCCGCUCGUAGCAUUCUUAUCACAAACAGUUUCGAUGCCUUCACCUCCUUCUCCUGCUCUCCUACUCCAAUUUUCAAUUUCCACCUUUCACUUUCGAAUCGAAUCGAAAUCGAAGCAGAGGGCAAUCGGGGCGCCAAUUGUUAUCAACAGAGGGGCUCUCUUUCACUUCUCCGUCAUCUGAUAAUUUAUCAAGUAACUCGGGAUCCUUGAGAGGUCCCGGCGGUCACGGAGCGGCAAAGAGAGCCUCACUGAGACAAAUGAGUGAAGGGAAGCGAGAAGGAAGGGAGGAAGGAACAAGACACAUCGCUCAGAACUUGGCGCCGCCGCUCUUCUGAACAAGAAGAUGAACGAGGCGACGCCAGAACAGACAUCACUUUUCCAACAUUCUCUUCUUUCUUUGACCUCUUUUCUGAAACGAAUGUCUGACUCAACUUGUUUUUUGAAUGAUAAGCAAUCUAGGAUGAGCUCAUAGAAUAAUUUUUUACAUUACUUUCAAUGCGCAGUUUUUUUGUUCCAAAAAAUAAAAAAACGAAAAGCUCGCAGCUGUUGCUAAAAUGGUAGUAAACAAUGGCGUUCCUGCCGCCAAAGUCUGCGCUCGAUGAGCAAUGGUUCUGGGCUUUGAGACACCAAUGAUCGAAAAAAGUUCCAUAGUGAAUGCAUCUCCGCACAGGACAACAUGUUUUGCUUAUUUCAGAUGGAACAACGUCGCGAGACGGGAAAUCUGAUCCCGAUCGCGCAGAGAUCGAUGGGCUCCUCGACGCCGUUCGGCUCCGCGCCCGCACAAUCCUACUUCGGGAGCAGCGGAUCGCUGAGCAGUCCUCGGAAGAUGCCGCAGUCCCACAACAUGCUCUUCGGAGCAAUUCAGCCGGUCAGUUUCUGCUCUUUUCAUCUCCAUUUCGAUGUUGUCCCUUUUGUUUUUGUCUGUUUGUGCAUAUAUCGUCGUCUUUUUCUACUUGUUUUCAUGCCCUUCUCCCUAUCUCUCACCCAUCCAUUUCCCCGUUCCGGCGCCACCCCACGAGUCGCUAAAAAAUUAGUUGCGAUCGGCACGUAGGCACCGUCGACUCUCUAGCCUUCGUCGUCACGUGGCGUUCGGUCUCUUCGUCUGCGCCUCGUGUUUUGACGCUCUCUCGAGCAAGACGCCAUCGCCGUCGACGUGUUUUCGAUGGUCGAAAGGGGAGAAAAGUGGACGACCAAUGUCUGUUUUCCCGCCAAAGCACUAUGAACUUUGGAAUGACAAUUAGGGACUUGAAAUGAGACGAAGAGGGACUUUUGAGUGGAUGAAUAGAUUAUUGUAGGCGUUACUCUGAUUUUUGAUGUCGUGGAUUCUGAGCACGCUUGAAGAGCACUUUUUUGCAAAUUAUCUCAUUCCAGAAGUGUUCCACUUUUGAACAAGUAUGUUGAUGUCAGUAAUCAAACACCAACAGUGAUGAUUUAGUCGAUUAUAUUUUGAAAACAGUACUUUGUGAAUUACGUCAUUGUCGCACAAUAACACCCUCCAGACAAUUACACCCCCAUUCUUCGUCUUUUUUUCGCUCCAUCUAGUUCUCAGAGUCAAAGAUCACCGCGUGGAAUGCACUUUCCGUCUGGGGAUACUGUAGUGCCACGCCGUUUAUCUUCUUCCUGUUUCGGUAAGUUCUCUUCCCUUCCUGUCACCCUUUCUUCUGAUUCAUGAUCGAUGUCUUCUUCUUCUUCUUCCUCCCGCCACGUCACUUUCUCUUCCACAUAUCUCUUAGAAAUCUUCCACCCCAUUUUUGUCUUUUUUUUUCGAACGAAUCGCGUUUCCGGACACCAGAAUAGAGCGCAUACAAAAAAAACGUUUGUUUUUGAUGACGUGGUGCCCAAUUCCUUCCCAGCAAAGUGCAUAACUUUCAACCAUAAAACCAAAUCGGAACGAAAAGAUAAGAGAGCGAAGAGACGCGAAGAGUCAGCUGAUCCACACAAAUGUCUGAAGGGAAAAACGAAGAAAUAGAGAAGACAAAGUGUUUGUUUACCUGGCUGGGUGCCAAAAAACCGACUGUCGAGACACUCGACUCUCCGCAUUUUCCCCAUUAUUUCGCUCCCGUUGGCACGGCGCCAGAACGACGCGAUCCUGGCGAGAGAUUGUGAGAAAACAGGAGAGUGCAGAGAAAUGAUGAACCACGCGGCGAAGGGGAGGCAAGGAGUUGAAAAGCGGACGAGAAACUGAUCAUUGGCGGUUUGAAAAUGUUGUGAGGGAGGUUGUCAUAGAGCAGACUAAUCAAACGGAAAGUUGGGCACAAAGAUAGAGGUAAACAAAAUGAAACGUAAGGGGAAAUCAGUAGUGGAUUAGUCACCCGCGCAACUGGUAAUGGAGGGCUCAGAAAGGGCACAUGGCCUAUGAUGGAUUAGUCACGUAAGAGAGCUCUUUGAUUCUUUUCUCUUUCUCUCCAUUCUGGAGAUGAAGGUGCGCCAAUUUGAGUCGUAUUGAAAUGCGCCGUUUCUCCGAAAAUAUUGUGUUGACACUUCCUGCGCGUGUGCCGUGUGCGUGUUUCUCAAGAAAGAUUUCAUGUUUCACAAGUUGAGUCCCUUUUGCGUGUGCUGGGCGAACAUAAAACCUGAAUAAAUCACAGAUCACUCACAUCAGAAGAGUCCCUGUCAAUGUAUUGUGUCGCCGACUUUCGCUGUCCGAUUCGCAACAAAGAUCCCCAUAAAUCUCAGUUUAAUGGAGCCAUAAAACUCGUACUUUUCACUCUUUUUUCGGUUUCUCUCUCCCAAAAAUUUUGGUCGAACUUCACUGCGAUCUCUUCUCUCUUUCUAUCUCUCCAUCGCAGUUUAUCAUCAAGAAGCACACGUUUCCGUCCAAACAACACUUUUUGCGAUGUGAAAUCUUUCGAAAUUUCGUCGUCUGAAAUGUUUUCGUCUCCCUAACUUCCGGCAAGCAUCAUAAUCAACAAUAAGCAGUAAACAAUGAAAACGAUAUUUGUGGUGUUUAAGGGAACUGCGAUCUUCUUUGCAAGGGGCGCCAUAUCUCCGUGCUCCCCGCCGCCGCCCGUCUGUGUUUAUUUUGGUCUUUGAUUCAAAUAAACACUCGGAGAGACAGCGGGUUUCUCGUCGAGACGCACACCAACUGGUGCAUUGUACCACCGUCGUUUUUAUUGACGCAGCCAGUGAAGCGCCCCGACCUCUUCCCCCCUAGAAAUGUUGUUGUUUAUCCGAAAUAAGCAGGCUCCCCCUUCCUCCCGUUCCCUCCAACUAUUCGUUUCCACUUUUUCAUUCAAAACAACUAUGUACCCAUCCGACCUUCGGUGCCUUUCCUCGGUCCAAAAAGAGUCGUUCUUGAUUUGUACUUGCCCGGCAGCGGCGACCAGUCAUCGAGCCUCCGUCCUUUUAGUGCACAGAACACUGCUCUCCAGCACGCAUUCUUUCAAAGCGUUUUUUUUUGGAUCGUUGAUCGGAGGAGAAAUAAAAAGACAGACAGAGAUCCAGAUAUGAUCUUGUUUGUCACCCUCUUACAGGUUCCCAUUACACACUCCGUUCAUCGCUUCAUCCCCUCAUCUAAGCAAUAAUAAGAGGGCCGUACACAGGGACAGUGACUCUCUCUCUCUCUCUCUUCCUCUUUGCCUUCCUCUAUUUGCAUAUCAUAAUGAGUUACCGCAUCCCGUAUAAUGGGGUUCGGUUCUACUCUCUAUUGUCUAAUGUGUUUCGGCUGGAAAUGGAGAUGCAAAUGGAUUGCCCACCCCAUUCUUUUCCCAUUUCACAUUGGUAAUUCAUAAGGCAAGAAGAAAGGGCGGCGGCGCGGAAACGAGCCUCCCAUAAAUUGUGAGCCCGUCCGUCUGUGGGGGCUCUUGACGGCUGGUCAGAUCACUCGACAACGCAUGCAAUGUUGGCGAUAAUUGAAGCCGUUAGGCACAUGCAACAAGGUUGUCUGUCUGUCUGUCCAUUGUUGGCCCAAUCAUCCCCAUCGAUGCGUGCGCGCUUUGCGUAGUUUGUCAAAGUGCGAUCGAACGAAAUGUAAUAUACAGAUCCUCCUCCCCCGUCCUUCUUCUCGUCUUCUCCGCUUUUGUUUGUGUGUUUGUUCAUGUGUUUCCGGUAAGCUGACUCGAUCUGUUGGUCAUUUCCACGUCGAUCCCCCCCGUUCCACGUCCCAUGUGUAGGUAUCAAGUUCGUAUCUACAGUAACCCGCGGUCAGCUGUGUAUCAGACGAAAAAUAGACGAAACAGCGGUGUAAUAAACGAAGAAAUGUUUCCAUAACUCUUUUUCGGAAGAAGAAGACACUCUCAUUUUCCUCGCUUUCUCCGCUUUCGCUGCUUCCUCUUCUCCUUUGUUACAUCCUUCCUCUUCUUUUUCUUCUCCUUCUCCUUCUUCUUCUUCUGAACCUGUUUCAUUUCUAUUCCAAUGCCAUUCGAUCACGCAAAGGAUCCUGCCACGGCUGGAAGACGUCGCCGACGAUGCAUCACUGUCUGCGUGUCCACGUCUUCUUGUUCUCCCGGUCUGCCCUUAUUGUAAAUUGUCUAUCCGGCCGGCCCUGUGUCCGAAUAGUAUAUGAGAGCGGCCCUGUGCUUUUUCGUUCCGUACAAACACAUAAUAAACAUUGAUUCUUCCGAGGCGCGAAAUUGCCGACCGAAGUUUCCUCUCUCUCCAGUCUCGCUCCACAUUUCGUUCUCUUUUCACUGCCAAAUCGAAUUGUUUGUGUGAAACUGAAACCGUUGACUCAGCCGCUCUUCUUUCAAUAGUUCGCACUUCUCAAAACAUUUCCAAUCCAUUAGCAUUCGGCAAACUAACAAAAGCUUCAUUUCUCUACCACCAAAGUUCGAACCGAAAUGUAAAGUGUUUUGAAGGUCCAGUUCAAAACUAGCUCUUCGCAAGAAGAUUGCAUAGAGCAAACGAGCGAGAAUCCAGUAUAUUAUAACUGAGAAUCGAGUAUAAAAUGUGCUCCGAAACUGGGUCUGGCAAUGAGAAAUUCGAGGAGAGCACACAGAUUGCUCGAAGCGAGAACACACCGGACAAACAGGCCGUCCGUCCUUCGCAGUCUGCUGCUUAUUAGGUCAUCGUAGGUCUAUCAAAUAACAGGCAGAAGUCGGUGGUUAGCCACACUUGUUAUCAUUUUUCCGUCGUUUUAUCAGUCGACUAGAGAACCCUUGAGUCUCGCUUCUUCUUCCACCUCACUCCCAUUCCAACUCGCAAAACACUCGACUCGAAGAAUAAUCCAGAAUUCCCUGUAUUUGGUCUCUGAACUGCUCUCCGCUUGUCUCUCCAGCUUUUUCUUCUUCCCAGACACGUAUUUUUCUUGUAUGUGCGUGCCUCUGUCUUGCCUCAUUCCUUCUUCUUCUUCUUCUUCUUCUUGCUUCGUCUAUUCUCCCUCCUCCUCUCCCUUCUUCAUCCAUCUUCGUAAUUACUGCCUGCCCGCCCCUCCACUUGGUCCUGUUUUCAUCUUUCCGUCUUCGCGGCGGCUCUUCGUCACAAAAUGAGCCUUAAUCAGCCACCAUGCACUGGGCAUUUCCAGAAUUAUUCUCUUUCGCUGAAAGUUCCUCUAUGCGUUGCCAAUCGCCCCGCUCCGACCUUUUGCCUCGUUUCUCUCUCACUUUCCACUCUCCGUCCGGGCCCCGCUGUGUGCGUAUGUCGCAUUUUUCCUCCCCUCCGAGUGUGUUGCAUCUUUGCCAGCAGUCUCCCAGUGGGGUCUCUUCUCGACUGCCACACUGAUGUGUCCCGUUGUAUUGAUUUUCCAGCGGCAAAAAUCAUAAUUUUUCAACUAAAAGGUCAAAAAUCUUCUCGUAAAGUCGGAGACUUUUGUUUUCAGUUUUUAGGUCAACAACUACAGACGCUUUUGGCGCCGAUGUAGGAUGUUUUCUUCCAUUUGGCCCAUUUUAUCACCUCCAUUCAAGUACAGUUCCGUGUUCUGCUCGCAAACAAAACAAUCACAUUUCAAGUACAAUGCCAGUUUCGCUCGGCAGUGAUAUCAAAACCCCUCAACUCUUUAUUGUCUAUUUCGUUCUUUAGUUUUCCCGUUUCUCUUCUCUCGUCUUAUUUCCAUCUCUUCAGCCUUCAACAAGACAAAAGUUCACAAUUUCGUACCGUUCCAACUGAUAGUGUCACUAGAAACCGAACAUAAUGGACGACGACGUGGAAGAGCUUUCUUCGCAGACGCUCGCUGCCCUGGUCGGCCGUCCGAGCUCUUCAGCUCACCGAAUCCGUGCGACGCCUUCUCGUCGCAGACUCAUGUCCGCUCCGACCAAUCCGCGCUGGUCUCCCUCGGCAGACGAACGCCGCCUGUUUUCUUACGUGUCUUCACUGAGAUCCGACAGCAACAGCAGCAGCAAGUCUCCGUCUCCGCCGUCUGCGAAGAUGGUGAAGAGAUCGGGUGGUCCGUACGGAAUCAGAAAGGAAAAGGUGCAAUGAGAAACCACAUUCUUUCCGUCUGGAAAUGCAUGUUUCCCUUGUCCGUCUCUGUCCAAUUUAUGUUGAAUUGAAAUGUUUGUCUGCGGUUUUCAAUGCGUUUUUCUUCCAGCCAAGAGGUUCUCCACCGAGUGACGGAAGUGACAAGAUCCACCGAUUCGGAGAGAGUCCCACUCCGAACAGCGUCGUCGGAAGUGUGUUCGGAGCAGAGGUUCGUCCUUUUUCUUUUUUUUCAAAUUUGCAUGUUUCGUUUUCAAAAACUCGACAUUUCUUUUUGCCUCCCGCUCAUUGGUUGCUUGUUUUUCGUUUUGAAAUAGUUCAUCUGAUUUCAAAAUAUCAAAGAGAGAGUAAUUGAUAAAGAGUGCCUAGCACAAAAAUAGAUAACGUUAAGUCAUCAAUAGAGCGUUGUUGCACACACUUCCGAAAACGGUUCACCAAACUAACAAAUCGCAAUGAAACGAACGAAAAUGCGGAUCAUUUCAGCUUGACGACCUUAUUAUUGAUGAGCUAAUGGGCAUCGAAGAGGAACAACGCAGGACAGCACCCGGAGGCGUUACACGACCGGUUAGUACACAAUCGAAGAACCACUAACGCUUGUCCUCCGACACUAUUUAACUUUUUCUCGACAAAGAACGGAAAGUUGCGUUCACUUCUCCCGCUUUCUUUCAGAUGACAAUCGGCGGAGACAAGACCAUGUCGAUGGCCCGACCGAUCCCCGGAGCCAGCAGUCGAGCCGGCUCGGGUCAUUCCGGCAGUCCCAUCACCAUUCCUAACGCGAUGUCCAACAGUUUUAGACAGGUGAGAAUGGUCGUCUCGUCUAUUAAUAGACACCAUUUUAUCAUAACUUUGGGUAAAAGGGAGAAAUGCGGCAAAUGGUGAUGACCAUGCGACGAUACAGAUUGAGAAAGAAAGAGAAAGAGAUGUACCCGUCGUAACCGGUUUUUCCGUGAUCAGAUUGUAUCAUUCGCCCCCAUCUCCCACUCUCUUACCCACUAUGUCUCUCUUUUCCUUCAGGUUGUUUCAAGUUCGGCGCCGACAAGUUCGAUCGACAUUGAGAAGAUGAUUGGAGCGGUGUCGAACGGCGGAGGCAGCGGUGGAGGAAGCAACGGAGAUCCGGAGGACUACUACCGUGACCGGAGGAAGAAGGACAUCCAUAAUAUGAGUGAGUUUAUCUCAAGUCGGUUAGCCUCCUGAGCAUAGUUUUCAGUCGAACGUAGAAGGAGAUACAACAUCAACGACAGAAUUAAGGAACUUGGACAGAUGCUUCCGAAAACCACUUCUGAGUGAGUUCCGAUAAUAUUCGAUGAAAACAAAUAGUGUCCAUUUUCAGAGACAUGAAACUGAACAAAGGAACCAUUCUGAAGGCGUCUUGCGACUACAUCCGAGUACUCCAGAAGGACCGUGAACAAGCCCUGAAACAGCAACAACAAACCAAAUCCCUUGAGAACACUGCACAGAAAUACGCCGACCGAGUGAAAGAACUCGAGGAGAUGCUCGCCCGACAGGGAGUGCAGGUCCCUCCGUCCCAUCUCCCCCCGAUUCCGAAGUGCAUCGAAAGACCUAUCAAGCAAGAAAUCGAGGACUCCUCGCCGCCGAACCACACGCCCACCGGAUCCUUCGUGGUAUGAUUCUGACCUUUCGUGUCUAUUCUCAACCGUCCCUCGUUUCAGUCGACUUCCGGAUUCUUGUCGGAGGUGACGAACAACACGGCGGCCAUGCAGAUCACCUCGCCGAACGACCGAUCCAACAACUUCAUGAACAAUUCCGCUACGUCGGACAGCUUCUUCUCCGUUGGCUCGGCAAGUCCGCCAGAUUACAGUGAGCCAACGUUUGCACGCGGCUUUCUGGAGCCAAUUUGUGAAUUCUAGGAUCGAACAACUGGAAGUUGCAAGGCAACGCUUUCUCUGACUUGAUGAUGGAUGACCUAAACGUAAGCUUCUACCGUCUGCUGUCCUUCCGUUUCCCGCAUGUUAUCGAGUGGCCGCGGUCACUCUUUCAGGAAUGCAGUCUUCCUUAUUUAUUGUGGAGGUUGAUAUCAGUGUUUUGUGUUUCUAUUUCUAUUUCCAAAUCUCAAGUUAACUUGAACUCAACCCGAUAACCAUCUGAUUCACACAUCGUUUCUCGCAUCCUUGUCCCUGUCUGUCACUCAGUGCUUUCUGUUUUCAGCCGAUGAUCAAUGACCCGAUGAUUUCUUCCGCCGGUGGACCGUCGCCCCACUUCAGCUCCCAAAUGUCGCCGGAUAUCCAUUGGGACGCCUCUGGCUUCUCGCCCGACCCAAUCAACUCGCAACAGUCGAAUUCGGGCCACUAUCACAUGGACUUCUCCUAA